UUACUUGCGUUGAGAAUGACGCUGCCCCUCCGCCGUCUAGGGAUGGCCACGAGCGGGAACCUCUCCGAGGAGCAGGUGCACUGCUCCAUCUGCCUGGACGUCUUCACCAACCCCGUGUCCAUCCCCUGUGGACACAACUUCUGCCAGAGCUGCAUCCUGGGAUACUGGAGAACCUGUCCCUUGUACCAGUGUCCCAUGUGUAAGAAGUCCUUCCACAAACGUCCUGAUAUCAGCGUGAACACGGUGCUGAGGGAGAUCGCAGAGCAGUUCAAGGAGAUCCGGGUGAGGGCCGUGGAAGGGAAGGAGAGCACGCAGGAGGAGGAGAGGAAAGAGAAGAAGUGGACAAUGGAGAGAAGGAAAGCGGAGGAUGAGGAGAGGCUUCUGGAGAAGGAGCAGCUUGCGGAGGAGCAGACGCAGGAGGAGGAGAGAAGGAGGCGAACCCCAGAGGACAAGAGGCAACAUCAGGAGGAGCUUCCUCCGUUGAUCCCGUCGGCGUCGGCGCCCAAACCUUCUCCUCCUCCGUCACCCGACACCACAGCUCAGGCUGCAGCGCCUCCACCGCCCCAAACAUCACCUCCACCUUCACCUCACAUCCCAUCUCCCCAAACCUCGCCCUCCGCCUCCCCCCCACAGCCGUCCUGGGAGGAGGAGGUCCUGUGCGACGUCUGCCUCGGGGACGGGAGGCCGAGGGCGGUGAAGUCCUGCCUGGUGUGUCUCACCUCCUACUGCGAGGAGCACCACCAGUCGCACGCCGCCAGGUUCACCAAGCACAAGCUGAUCGAGCCCGUGGCCCACAUGGAGGACAGGAUGUGUCCCAAGCACGAGCGGCUGCUGGAGCUGUUCUGCAAGAAGGACCAGGUGUGUGUCUGCGUCCUGUGCACGGAGACGGACCACCGGGCGCACUACACCGUCCCCGUGGAGAGGGAGUGGACGGAGAAGAAGGCUCAGCUGAAGAGGACAGGGAUGGACGUCCAGCAGAUGAUCCAGGACAGAGAGAAGAAGGUGGAGGAGAUCACACGUUCUCUGGAGCUCAACAAAGCCAGCGCUCGGGGGGAGAUCCAGCAGAGCGUGCAGGUCUUCUCCGAGCUGGUGCGAUCCAUCCAGAGGACUCAGGCCGAGCUGGUCCUGGCCAUCGAGGAGAAGCAGAGGCAGACGGAGAGCUGGGCCCAGGGUCUCAUCUCCGACCUGGAGCUGGAGAUCACUGAGCUGAAGAGCAGGAACUCAGACUUAGAGAAGGUGGCUCGGACCGACCACAUUCAUUUCUUAAAGAGUUUCCCUGCUCUGAGCACAACUCCAUCGGUUAAAGACUGGUCCGACACCAGUGUUCCCACCGACAUGUGUGUAGGAAUGAUCAGGAGGUCCGUGUCCAAACUGGAGCCGCUGUUACACGAAGUGAUCGACAAACUGGCCGAUAGUGAGAUCAAGAAGGUUUUGAGUUAUGCAGUGGACGUGACUCUGGAUCCCGACAGCGCCAACCCAUGGCUGCAGCUGUCUCAGGACCGACACCAGGUGAGACACUUGGGGGCGUGGCAGGACCUGCCGGACCACCCUGAGCGCUUCGACACGGUGGUCAUCGUCCUGGGCCGGGAGGGCUUCACCUCGGGGAGACACUACUGGGAGGUCCAGGUGGGGGACAAGGACGACUGGUACCUGGGAGUGGCCCGCUCGUCGGUGAACAGGAAGGGCCGGAUCUCUGUGAGCACCACCCAGGGCUACUGGGCUCUGGCCAUGAAGAAAGGUACCGGGUACCGGGCGUCCACGUCUCCGCCCGUCCCGCUGCCCCUCCAGCCCAGGCCACGGCGGGUGGGCGUGUACGUGGACCACGAGGAGGGUCAAGUGUCCUUUUACGACGUGAGAGCUCGGACUCAUAUUUACACGUUCCAGGAUGUGUUCAGAGAGAAGAUUCAGCCGUUCUUCUACCUGUACUGCUGCGACAAGGCCUCGGACACCAUCGCCCUCCGGCCCGUGAACGAGAAAACCACGACCAAGCAAAACUGA